AUGGGUGAUUAUGAAAAUAUUCAACGUCGUGUAUGUGAAGUAAUGGCAAAAUCGGAUUGGACAACAUCUCGAAUGCGUAUGAUGCCGGCUGAUCAAAUACGUCAACGUCGAUCAAAAACAACUCGAUCGGCGAACGAUUUUAUACAAAACUUACUUCAAAAUCGUCGUCAAGGUGAUUUGGACGAUGAUGGACUAGUUGAUAAAUAUGAAUUAUUUUUAAAAUCAAAAAAAUUGACAUCAGUUGAUACUGUCGACCCAUUAGAUUUUGAAAAACAAUUAGCUAAUUUAACACGACAACAGCAACUCGAACGAGAGCGAUUGAAUAUUAGUAAUAAUAGUUCAAUGACAACACAACAGCAAAGAUUUAAAUCACAUCUGAAUAGAACAACGACUCCAACGUCACUCUCUCGGCAAGAAUUAACUCGUUUGCCAAAUAAUGCCGAAUAUGUUAUUGUGGAUCGUCCGAGGCAGUUACGAAACGCUAGUCAAACUACUGAUCAGUUUAACUCUCAAGAUUAUGAACAAAUAUCUACAUCAAACAAACAGUUCAAACACGAUUUUUCUCGAUCGUCGGAACUACAAAAUAAUGAAAUAUUUGAAAACAACGAUAUUUAUUCUUCAAACGAUACGCUCGACAUUUUAACUGAUCAAUGUUUACAACAUGAAUCGAAUUCGUUAAAUUCAUCCGUAGCCGAUCUAGCAGAUGUUCACGUUACAAACACAUCCAUUGAACUAAACAGAGAACAAAUAAAAGAUGAACCAAAACAAUUAGUUAAGCCUAAGCAACGCAUCUUACCAACAAUAUCAAAGAUUAUUCCUAAUAAUGAAAAAAAUACCACUCGAUUUAUUGAACAAAGAGACGAAUCGAUCUCUCAGGCAAAUGUAACAUCGAUAAUAUCCGAACGUCGAAAACAUUUUGAUAACGGAAUUACAACGAGUCUAAAAAAUGAUAGUAAACUUACUGAACAACAAGACCAUUCUGCUAGCGAAGAGAGAAAUUAUCAGACUGUUAUUAAUCUACAAUCUGAAUUUAUUCCGAUUGAUAAUAAUCAUAUAUUUUAUCAAAAUAUAUUUAUUCCAACAGCACUUCUACCAGACGGUACAGUAUUUCCGAAUGAAAUUCAAAGCAAAGGACACCAGAUAAAUUCUCGUAACUCUUUGACUAAUGUACUCAGAUGUUUUCCAAAAUCAGUGACACGAUUACCACUGUCUAAUGUGACAGUAUCUAAAGAGACCGAACGACAAUUAAACUCAUCUGUACAUGAAUCUAAAAAGGAUCACAAGCAGACAAACAAAUACGGAGAUAUGUUAUCGUUUUUAAAUCGAAUAGAAAAUUCUUCGUUUGAUGAAUUUAUAUCAAUACUUGAUAAUAUCGACGAAAAUGAAACAGAAUCCAUCUUCUCGUCGAGAUUCUCAAAACGAAAACAAAAAUCCUAUCCAAUAUUAACAACUGCUAUUGAUACUAUUCAUGACGGUGAUAAUACUACAGGAAUUAGACAAAACGAUAUCAUUUUAAGGAUUGAUGAAAAGUCAAUAUGGCAGCUUACUGUUGAUGAAAUAUCAAAACAAUUAAAUUGUCUUCGUUUACCAGCAAAGAUAACUGUUGCGAGACUACAUGUACCACAAUUAGGAGAAGUUCCAUGGCGAACAGAACGUUAA